CAAAACUUUGAGCAAUGAGAACGCAAAGUUACCGAAAAUGGUAAAUCUUCGAUCAAACUGUUGCGAACUGCCCCGCGACCACCUCAAAUAACGUCAGGGCUCUUGACAACAGUCUCAACGCCUUUCCCUUCCUCCUCUCACCUCGUUCUUUCUUAUUGACCUCCGGCAGGCCGUCGCUCGCUCUUUGCAAGAUGCAGCUCUUCGCGAUUCUCACUGCUCUCUUCGCGUUACUCGCUGGCCGAGUCCUUGCACUCGAAAUUGCUAUCAACAUUGGUGAUCUCGGAAGCAUCCCUGCCACUCAGUUUCUGGAUGUCUCGGAUAGUGCGCUCCAGGUCGCAUGCGGCAGUCAGUGUACGUCCGCCAACGAAACUAUCGCUGCAUGCACGGACGACAAUUGUCUCUGCACUAAUGCCACGAUGAAGGCCAUCCUUCAAUGCGAACAAUGCAUGUUCAGUACCCUUAUCGCGGAGAAUCGUCCCAUGCCGGAUCCACUUGCGGGAAACCAGAUUCUCUUAACAAACUAUACCGCAGCAUGCCUGAGCGGCGUCAACGUGACCGUCCCUGCCAGCCUCGCUACGCUCAUGACACCCGACAACUGGGAUGGUCCCUUCGGCCAGGGUCUGACGCCUGCGACUACCGCAAUCACACUCAUCGCUGCCUUGCUGGUGGGAGGAGGGGCUAUUGCCGUCGUCAACACGAUGUAGGGGGUCAUUGCUUUAUUGUGCCAUGUUUUGGCCCCGGCGGCCUUGUCUGUUUGAGUGGCCAGUAGGUAUCAAUAGAGAGAUUGAGAACGCGUG